GUUUAAUUAGAUUUCGUUCAUUAAAUUUACACAACAGCUAAAUAUAUAAAAGGGGAACUUUCGGAUUUGAGGCCUUAGAGGAUUCUGGUCACAAUGAGGAAUCAACUGCUUCUAUCAGCAUGUUUGCUCUUGCUUGCUAUUCAGCACUCCACUCAGCAGAAGUCUAGAAAAAUGAGCGUAUCUAACAAGUUAAUAAGGGAUAUUGAACGAGGAGUUGUAAAAGAACUGAAAAAUCUGGAAAAUUCAGGAGUGACAUUAUCUAAGGGAGAAGCUGAGAAGAAACUCUUUGAUAUCUUGAUGAUAGAAUCUGUCAAGAAUAUGGACUCUUUCAGAAGAAUCCAUGCAACGGAGAUUCCCAGAGUUAUCAAUAAAGCAAUGAGGUCCAGAGAGGUGAUGGAUGGUAUCUUGGCAAUCGUUGAGGAGCCCAUAGCUCCUAGAGUGAUCGGUUCAUUGAUCAUGGGAGGUUCCCAAGUAGCUACAGACUUGAUGACAAUGAUUUUGACACGUUACUGAAUAAAGAGUUGCAUUUGAAAGUAAA